AUGAGAACGGAGGAUGGUGAGCUCCUCCGACCUCUGACCGACUCCGACGACGACCUUUGGCUGGACGCGGCGCGUUUCGUGCUGCAGCAGGUGCAGGCGCAGGCAAAGACCACCCGCACAGCGUGGAAGCUGCGAAAGCUGCAGUCCUUGCUACGCAGCAUCGACAGCGGGGCCUAUACCUUGGCGCGUGCACAUUUGGGUGGCUGGUCUCUGCCGUUCUACCACAGGUAUCUGCACUACCAGAUGCCGAAGCGCCUGGCCUCUUUCGUGGACGCCGCGAAUGGUGCUAACCUGGACCAGGCUACGUUGACGAGUGUCUAUCAGGUCCGGACCAGCGUCAGCCACGCCGUUCGGAUCGCCAGCGUGCGCCAGCACGUGCAGAGACUGCUCUCAAAUCGACACUUCGUGAAUGCGGGUUUGGAGAAGAAGUCCUGGUGGAUUUUGGAGUGUCCGGAAACGCCACCUUUGAGGCUCAUACAUUGGUCCAGGAUUGCAGCUGCUGGACAGCUCCCGAAGUACGGCACAGAAGCUGGCGCCACCUCUGUUGAGGAGCUCCUGGACGAAGUCGAGGAGACUGCCUUGCCUUCACUUUGCAUCAGGACCGACUGGGAGUCUUUCGCGAUGCUGCGGAACGUCAGCUCGCCACUUGGGCAAUAUAGGCUGCUCGCUCCUAUCCUGCACGGAACCUCGAAAUUUCCAAGAAUCCUGGAGGCCCGCAAGCUCGUGACCUUUGCGAAGUGGUUUAUGCGGAUGGCGGCUGCUGCGGGUGUACAGUGCGAGGUCGCAUUCUGGAUUGACUAUUGCUGCUGCGAGCAGGACGACUUCUUCGGAGCCGACUUGGCCAUGGCCGCGUUGCCAUUGUACAUUGCGGCUUGUACCAAGGUGCUGGUGUGGCGGACCCCGGACUUCGACCGCCGCUGCUGGACCAUGGAGCGGUUGUUGUCCUACUCCUUCUGCCCUGGCGGCCUCACUCCUUACGUCAUUGACGAUUCCCUGACGGAGCUUCCAGAGCAUGCAGAGCUUUUUCCAGUGGAGUUACCCAGGGCGGCUCAGGAAGAGGAGAUAUGGGAGGUCCGUGCUGAGGAUGGCAACUGGCAGCCUUUUGAGGAUUCGGCCCAGGAGAUUCUGCGAGCAGCGCAGCUGGCAGGACUACCUCACACUCAGGUUAAAAGUGGCGGCCGGCAAUACGAGAUUGAUUUCAAGCGUUUGUGCCAACGCAAUCUGGCCACGGGGACCCGCCGAGAAAUCCGGCUUCGAUCGGCAGCGGUAGUUAGCAUCGGCGGGGAGGCGCACGACGCGGCCAUGGAGCGCGCUGCACAAGCCGCAAAGCUGCGCAAGUCGCAGGGCAGCGUGGAUGACGUCCUGCAUGAGGCCAUCCAGCGCAUGCCGAAGAAGCUUCCCAACCCCUUGGAUGCAGACAGCUGCUUGCUGACAAGGCCGAGACCGAUCCCUUCAGCUCGCGCCCUGCAGGGCCUUGGGUUACCUAGUGAGUCUCCUUUGUAG